GAGAUUAUUCAACAUAUAGCAAAGAUAAUGAAGGGAACAAUAUCUUGCAUUUGGCUGCAAGGUUGCCACCAUCUGAUAGUCCCAAUAUCAAAUCAGCUGGAGUUCUUGCCAAACUGCGAGGGGAGCUGUUGUGGUUCAAGGCCGUGGAGAAAAUUUUACAUCCAUUGGAUGCUGAAGCUACAAAUAAAGAAGGAAAAACUGCUCGAGCUAUAUUUAAUGAACAGCACAAAGAGUUAAAGGACGAAGCUGAGAGAUGGAUUAAGGACACUGUAAAUUUAUGCUUGAUGGCGGCAACAAUUAUUGCCACUGUAGUUUUUGCAGCAGCUUUCACAGUAGCAGGUUCCACCAAAGAAGAGACUGGAACUCCUAAUUUUGUUCGAAAAGCUUCCUUCAUAAUUUUUGCCGUAUCAGAUGCUAUAGCGCUAGUUUUAUUCUUUUUCUCCAUUCUAAGUUUCUUAUCAGUUUUCCAUUGCCGAUAUGUGGAAGAAGAUUUCCUUUUACUAUUGCCUCAUAAUAUGGCUGUGGGAUCAGACACACUUGCCUUAUCAGUGGCAGCAAUAAUGGUAGUAUUUUCUGCAACUAUGUUCAUCAUCUUCAAAGACGGGAUGCUCUGUGUUCCCGCUCUUGUCACCAUAAUGGCUUCUCUGCCAGUCUACAAGUUCAUGCAGAAAUUUCUGACUACCAGUUUUGUCUUAAAGUCCUUACAUGAAGAAGGCCAGUACUUUUCAUUGAAGAUCAUGAUAUUGAACAACCUUCCUUCAUCACAAUAUGGGAGGGGAAUUUCAAUUCAAUCUUGUUUCCCUGAGAUCAAAUCUGUUGCAAAUUCCUCUUGCAAAUCUUCUGGGGAAGAUGAUGCAAGCUUAGGCAUAUUUUCUGAUGAUGACUUGAGCCUGAAAGAUGCUUUUGGGCCAGCAACAUUUAUAAUUGCCAUUAUGAAACUUCCUUUAAUUUUGCCUCUGAUAUUCAACACUCUCAUCUUCAACCACGUCAUCAAGCUCAAUCAAAUGCCCUCCAUUUCUGCGGAACCAAACGCACGAGCAGUAGAGACCGGUGAUGUACAAAGGAAUUACUUUACUGCUUUUGUUCCUCUGCAUAAUGCGGCGCUUAAAGGCGAUUGGGAGUUUGCAAGGGAGUUUUUUAUUUUGAAUCCACAAGCAGUAUGCGCUAGCAUCACACGAAACCAGGAAACAGCUCUUCACAUUACUGCUGGAGCUAGACAUACAAUAUUUGUCCAAGAGCUUGUGAACAUUAUGAAAGCUGAAGACCUGGCACUGCCGAACAAGGUUGGGAACACAGCCCUCUGUUUCGCUGCCAUAUCCGGAAUCAAAAAGAUUGCAGAAGUGAUGGUUAAUAAGAACAGAAGGUUGCCAUCAAUUCGAGGCAGUAAGGGAGCAACACCGUUGUGUAUGGCUGCUUUGUUGGGCCACAGAGAAAUGGUCUGGUAUCUUUAUUCUGUGACCGAGGAAGAGUAUCUAAAAGAAGAAGAUCGUGUUGAGCUUCUUGUUGCUGUCAUCAAUGCAGACCUCUAUGAUGUGGCAUUGGACUUAAUUAAGCAUCAUCCUGAGUUAGCUGUUGCUCGAGAUGGAAGAAGAGAGACGGCUCUUCAUGUAUUGGCACGGAAGCAUUCAGCGUUUGUAAGUGGAAGUCGGCUUGGAAUUUGGCAGCGGUGCAUUAACUCUUUUCCACGUUUCAGGGCAAUCCUUGACAAAAAGUUGAAGCAUCUUCAAGCUCUAGAAUUGGUGAAGCAACUGUGGGAGCAAGUGUUGUUGCUAGAUGACUAUAAAAUUGGAGAACUACUUCGGAAACCUUCAAGACUGUUGUUUACAGCUGCAGAGUUGGGAAAUGUUGAAUUCAUAAAAGUGCUGAUUCGGAAGUAUCCUGACCUUAUUUGGAAAGUAGAUGAUCACAGUCGAAGCAUAUUUCACAUUGUAGUGUUGCAUCGUCAAGAAAACAUUUUUAAUCUGAUUCAUGAGAUUGGCGCUCAUAAAGAUUUGAUAGCUGCUUAUGAAGAUGAAAAUAACAAUAACAUGUUGCAUUUGGCUGGAAAGCUUGCCCCCCCAAACAGAAUCAAAAUUGAUACUGGUGCAGCUCUGCAACUUAGACGAGAGUUGCAUUGGUUCAAGGUUAAUAAUUACUUUUCAACUGUAAAGCUCGCACUUCACUGUAUUUAG